AUGAUUCAUGCAACAACUUCUAAUAAACCUACAACACAAGUUUAUAUUUGUUGUGAUGAGGCAAUAAGAAGGUAUUAUGGGAUAGAUCCUGAAGCCGUGGAAGCACUGUUGAAUGAUAAAGACAUACUAGACAUUGGACCAUUUAGUGUUUAUACCAGUCUUGCAAAACCACCUGUUACUGCCAAACAGCCUGCUACUAUUAACCCAAUCAGUUUUGAUACCAUUACUACAACACAUAUUCCUGAUACUAUCAAACCAAUGCCAACUGUCAGAAUAUUCAUUGGUGCAAAACCAAAAGUUUCUAAGUAUACUAUCAAACCAAUGCCAACAGAUACUGUCAAACCAAUGCCAACAGAUACUGUCAAACCAAUGGCAACUGAUACCAAAAAGGAAAAAGGCCAAACAUCUACUUACAAGCUAAGUAUGAGUGAUCAUGCAAGUUAUUAA